CUCUCUCUCUGAGUGAGAGUGGUGGUAGGCGGGUUUUCCGCCAGCAGGGUUUGGUUGAUUCUCUAUUGAUUUGUUGGAGGAGCAGAGGAGGAGGAGGAGGAGGAGAAAGUGAAAGGGGAGGAGUGGAGGAGAAAGCCCGGCCUGCAUGGUGAGGAAGAGAGAGAUGUGAUUGUGCGUGUUUGGGACGGAGAGGAGAGGAGAGCACGGAGAGAUCCCAACACAAGGAGAAAGAAAUCACGUGGGGGUGUAAAGGAUUUGUACAGGGAGAAAGUAAAAGUGUCGUCGGAGUGACUUCUUCUCCUUUGCACUUUGUUUUCCUCCUCUCUCUCUCUCUCUUUGCCUUUCGACCCCCUCCCUCCGCCCUGCAUUCCGCGGAGCAGCAGCUGUGUUUUAAUGCCCCUGCGCACCCGAGGAGGAGAGGAAGGAGAGAAGAGUGAGGAAGAAGAGGAAGAAGAAGAACAAGGAGAAGAAGAAGGAGAAGAAGUGAGAAGAAGGCCUGCUGGACACCAGCCGCCCUCGCCCUUCCUUUGGAGGUCUGUCCACUCUCCCCUCCUGGCCCUGCAUGGACGGGGAUGGGGAGAGCCGGAUGCUGUUGCGGGGCUGAGCGCCUCGCCUCCCCGUCUCUGGUGCGCCGCUUCCGGCCACUGCUGCUGCUGAUCAUCGCUCUCUGCUGCGGUGCUCACAUAGGUCAGUGCCAGGUGGCCACCCCUCAGUGCCGCAUCCAGAAGUGCACCACCGACUUCGUCUCCCUCACCUCCCACCUGACGCCGGCCGUGGAUGGCUUCCACACCGAGUUUUGCAAGGCUCUACGUGCGUACUCGGCCUGCACCACGAGGACGGCCAAGUCCUGCCGGGGGAACCUGGUCUUCCACUCGGCCGUGCUGGGCAUCUCCGACCUCAUGAGCCAGAGGAACUGCUCCAGAGACGGUCCCACGUCCCCCACGCACCCCGAGGUCCAACACGAGCCUUGCAACUACCACAGUCGCACCCAACACGCCCAUGCGCACUCCCACGUGCACGCUCACACGCACUCCCACGGCCACGGCCACUCGCCGCGGCCCGUCUACCUGUUCUGCGGGCUGUUCGGGGACCCACACCUGAGGACGUUUAAGGACAGCUUCCAGACUUGCAAAGUGGAGGGGGCGUGGCCUCUCAUCGAUAAUGACUAUCUGUCGGUGCAAGUCACUAAUGUUCCCGUGGUGCCGGGCUCCAGCGCCACAGCAACCAAUAAGAUCACCGUCAUCUUCAAACCGUAUGAGGGUUGUACAGACCAGAGGGUCUACCAGGCUGUCACAGACGACCUCCCUGCUGCCUUCGAUGAUGGAACCGUGAGCAGCGGAGACCCCAUCCACAUGUCCGCUGGAACAGAAGGUGCAACUGGGAAGGUCCGGGCUCUGUGGAUCUCUGAGCGCAGCCCAGGGCACCACGUGGAGCUGCACGCCGGCUACAUCGGUGUGACUGUAAUCGUUCGCCAGCUGGGCCGCUACCUGACCAUGGCAGUGCGGAUCCCAGAGGAGCUGGCUCAGGCCUACGAUGCCACCCAGGACCUGCAGCUCUGUCUGAACGGCUGCCCCAGCGGGGAACGCAUCGACCAGGCGGGGCAUCUACCCCUGCCCCUCUCCCCUCCUGCGCUCGGCCUGCAGCUCCAGCAGCUGCGUCGGCCCAGCUACUCCUCACAGACACAAGCGUCACCCUACGGUGCCACGCAGGUUUUCAGUACAGAGGGGGCGAAGGAGCGCUGCAGGGAGCAGCUGGAGGUGCAGGACAUUUACUUCCACUCCUGUGUGUUUGACCUCCUGACCACUGGGGAUGCUAACUUCACGGUGGCGGCGUACAGCGCCCAGAAGGACAUGGAGAGUCUCCACCCGCACAGGGAUAGAUGGAGGAUCUACCCGCGCGGCUCUGCCACCUCCACCAUACAGUCUCAACCUAUCAGACGGCUGGCUCUGCUCCUGCUGUGUGCUCUGAGCAUGGCGUUGAUGUAAGAGCGGGAGGCUCGUGUAUGUGUGUGCACUAGAGAGUUUUUUUGCUGAGCACUGAUACUGAGCACUGAUUCCUCUCUCACGUGGAGAGGAAACAGCAGGCUGGACAGUUACUGGGAACUUCGGUUUUUGGCACAGGACAUACUGGCAACACUAACUGGUAGAAUCAGCCCUCUGAGGAAUAACACAGGAGAUGUAAUGACGGCUAUCUUCAUCUUUGGAUAAGACACUUGACAGUGACACAAACGUACCUGUGUGGGUGAAUAGAGUGUGUGGAUAUACACUCCAAACUGUAAAUAGCUUGUCUUCAGUGCACAGUGUAAUGUCGUAGAGUUUUUUUUUUUUUGUGUCAUUUGAUGUGGUUUUUCUUUGAUACCUCAGACAGAGGAUGUUUGUUUUAACAGAAGCACUUUAUUUAGUUUUUUGUUUUUUUUAACAAAUCCACAUCAGUGUUUCUUCCUCUCACUUACUGUCCUCCACCAAAAUCUCCAAUGCCUCAAGUUUUGGAGACCAUCUAUAUUUAGAUUUUUGAUCCUUUCAAAGUAAAAAUCUGUUGAAUAUACAAGGAGCUGCCAUUUUUCUGUUAAAAUGCAUCAUUCUUUCCGUAGCUGAUUUAACUCAGCGUCUCAUUUUAAGUCAAUGUGAGUUGUUCUCUUUUGAAUGUAUUAUGAAUAUUGUCACAGCAAAUGCCAUCAGUUUGUUGCUGUAUGAAUUUGUUGUUUUUCCUCAGUCCUGAUUUCAAAUAUGUGUGAGUGUGUGAAUGCGUGUGUGUGUGUGUGUGUGAAUGCAUUUUUUUUUUUUUUUUUACCAGUUUGUGAUAUACUUGGAUGUAUUUUUAAUUUCCUCUGAAAAUCAUGUCAGAGGUGUUCCCACCUUUUCGCCAACAGGCUGUGACGAUACCGGCUCAUGUAUGUCGCUCUCCGUAUUCUUUGUUGUGUUAAUUUGAGCCAAAGACAGAUAAUGUAUGUUUUUAUGUACAAAGGAGAUCAUAACUCACCACCAAACCAGCACCCUACUCCUCACACUCUCUCCCCUGUUUUUAAAGUUGCUACUGUUUUACUCCUACUGCCAGAAGUGAUGAGCUGCUCCUCACUGGGAUACGUGUUAGGUACUGGUAGACAAAACACUGCAAAUCACCGAGAACGCUACCACUCUGUCUGCUGAGAUGUACUUCAGCAGUGUGUUGUGGGAAAUGUAUGCCGUUUGAUAGACCCUCAAGACUAUGAGCCUUCUUAACAUGUAUCGUUCUGUAUAAUUAUGCCCCGUUUGUUUGGCCAAAAUCAGCUUAGUCUCAGUUUUUGGCAAUGUGAUCUCUUCCAUCAUGUGUGAGUGUCAGUUUGGUGAAGAGUGACUGGUCAAUGUUGAAAUACUUAACUUAUUUAUGAACGUAGUGUCCUGUAGAGGAAGUUAAGCUCCAUAUUCUUGCUGUUGGAUAAUAAUUUAAAAAGAAAAUGUCAGAUGUGAUUGUACUGCCACUUAGUGGUGCUCUGUUGCUAUGUCAGUGUGUUACUCAAGGCGCUCAAAAAAAAAAAACAUGGAGGAAAAAAAACUGUGUGCAAGUGUUUUAUUUAAAAAAACAAUAAAGUCAAAACAGUCCAAGCUU